GUACACGAGCGUGAUCUGUCGCAGACAACCCAUUUUUACAAUUACAGUUUUUGGAUAAGGUAGAGACUUAAAAAUGUACGAAGCAAUUGAGAUGUGCUGCUUGUAGGGAACUGAAAUCUACAGUUUUCCCAUCAGAGUAGGGACUGGUUUUACUUCAACCUCCUAACCAAGAAAAGUUUCCAAGAAUUCUGGAAAAAAAAUGAUGGUUACUCAGAAGCUAAAGUUUUCUGAGGAAAAUACUGGCAGAAAUAAGAUGAGCAAAGCCCUUGGAAAGGUGAUUGUUCAAUGGUUGUUAAUUACUUUCAGUAGGAUGAUGAAUUCAGAGGAAGAAGCAGGUAGUGUGUUGAGCCACUCUUAAUUUAGAGCUGAAAAUGCCAGCAGUUGAAAGUGAGGCAAAGGCAAAAACCAAAGUUCGCUUUGAGGAAAUCUUCAGAAGUCAUGCUGGCCUAAAAGACAAAAAGAAAUCAAAGAAAGAGAAGUUUCACUCUCAAGAGAAUAUUGUGCUUGACACCUUUAGAAGUAAUGUUGAUCUAGCUAAAGAAAGUGGGAAUGAUGAAGUAAUUAUAAACAGCACACAUAAUCCUGAAAAGAAGAGUCCUCGAUUUGCAAAAGAUAAUCUGAGAGAGAAAGCUUCAGCUGCAGGGAAAAUAAACAAUGAUGUUAGUGGAGAGGAGAACAAGCAGCCAAAGUUUAACCACAAGAAGAAGAAAUCACUCUUACAAGAACAAUUUAAUGAGGAGGAAAAUUUAUAUGAAGUUAAAUUGGAGAGUUUUGAAAGAAAGACUAAUGAUUUUCCGAAGAAGAAAGCAAAAAGUAAAUCACAAACAGAUGUACCUCAUCAAGAACAUGACAGGAGGAUUAGAAGUUCCUUGACUGAAGUGAGAAAUGUAACUGAAUUAGAGGAGGAAGAAGAGCUAAUUCAAGCCUAUCAGAUGCAUGUAGCUGAGGAGGAGGCAAAUGCAAUUAAAAAGAAAAUAAGAAUGAAACUUAAAGAACAGAUGUCUGAAUUUACUUCUACUGUUCAAAGCCAUGAAGUUGUAUUGAACAAUGAAGUGGCCAAAAAGAAGAAAAAGAAGAAAGAAAUACCAAUUUUAUGUGAAGCUGAAACAAGUGCAAUGUCCCUCUCAGAGCUACAGCAUUAUCCAGCAAAAGAUGAUAAUGAAAAUCAGUCACUGGAAAGAUUGUUUACAUCAGAAGGACAGAAACUGGAGGAAGGCAUGGAAAAACAGAAACCUAAAGCAAGGAAAGUUAAAGGGAAAACUAAAAAAGUUCUAGAAGAAAACACAGAAGUUGCUGCAGCAAAUGUAGAGGAAAUGAACAAUUCAGAAAUUUCAACUCAGUCUGAUGAUCUUGUAUUGGGAGUUUAUAUCCAUCGAACUGAUCGACUCAAAACUGAUCUCCUCAUAUCUCAUCCUAUGGUUAAAAUCCAUGUUGUUGACCAGAGAACUGGCUUAUAUGUCAAGAAGAAUCAUAGCAAGAGGAAAGUUUCGUCUUACUAUGAACAAGAGCGAAUAGAGCACAUUCUUCCUAUCAUGACGCAACCAUAUGAUUUCAGACAGUUUAGAUCAACGCUUCCGGAGUGGGAGGAGCAAGUCAUAUUUAAUGAGCGUUUUAGUUAUUUUAUUCAAAAUACUGAAGAAAGUCCUAGGGUGAUCCUGUUCUUUGAGAUCCUUGAUUUUCUAAGUAUGAAUGAAGUAAGAGCCAACUCUGAAGUACAAAUUCAGGAAUGUGGUUUCCGAAAAAUCUGUUGGGCAUUUCUAAAGCUUGUAGGUGCAAACGGAGUUCUAAAUGUUGACGGAAAAUUGCGUCUGCAAUUGUAUUACCCACCUUCAAGACCUCCAAGGACCAGGUCGCAUUCAAAUGUUGAGGUUUAUGAGUGGUGGGCAAAAUGUCCUAGAAAUCGUUACCCAUCAACUUUAUACGUAACCAUAAGAGGCAUAAAACUGCCAGAUCAUGUUGAUCCUUCUUUCCGUUCUAUGAUGGCUGUUCAGCAGGAACAAGGUAGUGCAACGUUCUGUGAGCAACAGAGUGAGGGAUCUAAAAAAACAGGUGAACCUCUUCCAGAGGAGAAGAAAGAGCAAUUUAAAUGGACAAGAUUGCCUGGCCAGGUUUGUCGGAUACCGAACAAGCAUCUAUUUUCACUGCGAGGGGGAGAUAUGGGCUGUUUCUGUAUUCGUUUCUCUCAUGAUGGGAAAACAUUGGCAGCAGCAUGUGCAGGAAGGAAUGGCUAUCCCAUUAUUUUGUAUGAAAUUCCUUCCGGACAGCAGCUGAGAGAAUUUUAUGGUCAUCUUAACAUAGUGUAUGAUCUUUGUUGGUCAAAAGAUAAUCAGUACCUUCUUACUGCAUCUUCUGAUGGCACUGUCAGAAUGUGGAGAAUUGAAACCCAAGCUACAUCUGCUGUGAGAGUUUUCCCUCAUCCUUCAUUUGUUUAUACUGCGAAGUACCACCCAACUGAAAACUCUUUGGUUGUGACAGGAUGUUAUGACUCUGUGAUUAGAAUUUGGAAUGCAAAAGUGAAAGACAUCCAUGGGCAACUGCUACAGGAGCUUGAUGGUCACAAAAAUUUCAUCAACACACUCUGUUUUGAUGCAGAAGGGCUCCACAUGUUCUCAGGAGAUAGUUCAGGACUGAUUAUAGUUUGGGAUACAUUUGUCAAAGGAAAUUCUCAACAUCUGUUCCAACACUGGAGCAUUAAUAAGGAAAUAAAAGAAAAUGAUAUUAAAGGAACUCCAAUAAAUCAUUUGGAGGUACACCCAAAUGGAAGACGUUUAUUAAUCCACGCCAAAGACAGUACCCUGAGAAUUAUGGAUCUCAGAAUCUUGGCUACAAAGAAAUAUAUAGGUGCUACAAAUUACAGAGAAAAGAUUCACAGCACCUUAACGCCAUGUGGUACAUUCCUCUUUUCGGGAAGUGAAGAUGGAAAGGCAUAUGUUUGGAAUCCAGAAACAGGUGAUCAGGUGGCCAUAUAUUCUGAGCUCUCCUUCACAUCUCCACUUCGUGAUGUUGCCUUUCAUCCACAUGAACACAUGGUGUCAUUUUGUGCCUUUGGUCAAAACCAGCCAAUACUUGUAUACAUUUAUGAUUAUAAAGUUGCACAGCUGGAAGCUGAAAUUGUAAAAGAUCUCAGUUCCUCACUUACCACAGCUGCACCAAGAGGGCCACAAAUUUUUGGCAAUUUUUCUGAAAUUCCUACACAACAAUGUUCGACAAUGUCUCCAGCAGAUCAGUUUGUCAGCAUCGCAAGAACAUCAAUGAGAAUGCGGAAGGUGAAACAAAAACUUGAUUCUGUUACAGCGAGCUCAAAUCUCUUGCUUCCUGCGCCAUCAUUGCUGUCACCACACUCCAAGUUAAGACUGUCAGGCACUCAGAGUACUCCACUGAAUCCUCUAUAUCCUUUCUCUACUAAAAGUGGGUGUUUCAGCCCAGUAGGAAAUCCUCUUAGCCUAACACUAUUGGGCAGACUACAGACGAAUAGUGACUGCCUGACUGCACUUGGGGUGAGAACUGGAAGUAGUUGUCCAUUAGGGCAAGAAACAGUAGUGGCUCUUUAUGACUACACAGCGCAUCGAUCAGAUGAGCUAACCAUCCAUCGCAGUGACAUUAUCCAAGUGUUAUACAAAGAUAAUGAUAACUGGUGGUUUGGCAGCCUAGCAAAUGGACAGCAAGGCUAUUUUCCAGCUAAUUAUGUGGCUGGUGAAAAAGAAUAUGAAGAACUGCCUUCAGGAUUAGUACCAGACUCUACUCCUCUCCCACCUGACGGACAAACAGAAGCAGAGGAAGGCUCUCCAACACUACAUAAGAUUUCACCAGUCAUCAGUAAGUCAGGAGGAGACCUGAAAUUUUUCUCUGAACAUGACACAGAUAUAGACUCGCCCGCAACACAAGAUGCAAAGAAAAAGAAGAAAAGGAUACAGAAGAAUGAAACAGAAAAUCAGCCCAACUUAAUGGGUCUUGAUACUUCUGUAUCAUCACUUGCAGCUAAUGGUGUUGAAAAUGAACCUACAGCCCAUGGGAUGGAAUUGAAGAAGAAGAAGAAAAGAGCAGGGAAAGGCUCAAACUCAAGUACAAGUGGAAAGACAAAUAUUGCCUUUGAGCCUGAAUGCUAUGAUGUAUAGUCAUAAUUUAAUUCCAAACAGUGGUGUGACAUUCAGUAUAUAUGGAAAGAAGGAUUUGAAUGCUGCAAUUAUGAUCUCAUUUCUAGGAUUAUCAAGAAAUAAAAGAAAAAAAAAAACGAAAUACAAAAAUGGUGCCAGUUGUGACUUACCAGUGGUGCAAGCCUAUUUCAGAAUAUUUUCCCCUGUCCCCUUGGUUUCCUUGAAAUCAACAGAACUUAAAUAUUCAACUCCUCACUGGACUGGUAAAAUCUGAAAUGUACUUCGAUAUUUCCUGAGUACCUCACUGACAAAGGCAAUUUGAAGGAAUUUAAGAUCUGAUCAGCCCCCUAGCGUAGGCUAAACAGGCACUUCAGUAGGCUUCGGAUGAAGCUAGGAAGUGUGAAAUUUGCAGAUUACUCCAUCGUAAACAGAGAAUUGAGUUGAAAAGUGUGAUCUAAAACAAAACAAGUCUAGCCACAACAGAAGUUACUAAAUUAGCAGGUCAAAAUUUGUUGUAAAUAAAAUAGAGCAGUGGUUGGAAUGGUAACAUUUGAAAGGAAUGCUAACAUUACAGUGUACCUGAAAAUGUAAGGUUUGUAAAAAUAUUUUCCUGACAUCAAAUAUUCCCUUGGACUAAAUUUUGCAUCUUUGAGCAAAUUGUUGAGUAACUACCUAUGCAACUGAUCUGACUUCAGUGGGGCUCCUCAUGCUUGCCAAUUGAAGUAAGUAUUGUAAAGUCUAGCCAUUUGUGUUUUCAGAUGAAGUUUUUAUACAUAUAAUAAAUGUGCAUUACAGUUCUGUUAGACUUUCUGGCUGCUUUGGCAGCAGUAUUGCCAAAUACAUUCUCUUUUGUCUGAAUGAAAUAUUUUGUAUCAAACUAUGUUGUUUGUUUUACUUUUUUGUGUAGCCCUUAUUCACUUGUAUGUGUCAUUAAUCUAUUUUCAAUCAAGUGGUAUGUGGUGAACUUUUAUUAAUUAUUUCACUCAUUAUC